CAUGGCAGAACCACCAACUUGUAAUUGCGGUGUACCAGCUAGGGUGAAGACGUCGUGGACAGCUGAAAAUCCAGGAAAGAGGUUCUACGGUUGCGCUUACUACGAACAUAAUGGUGGUGGCGGCUGUGUCUAUUUCAAGUGGUAUGAUACAAACAGUUGCGAGAGGUGCGAUAAAUUAGUGAGACACACAAGAAGAUUGGCGAAGAGAUUAAGAGAGUUGGAGGCAAAGGUGGAAGAAACAAGACGCAAGGAGAAAAUGAUGAAAUUGUUCCUGUUUGCGGCCUUUGUUGUAUUCAUAGUGCAGAAUUUAUUGAGCAAAGAUUGAGUUGU